CCCUAAGUUUCAUCAAAAAAAUCACAGUAAUGGCUUCUUCAACCUCCUCUAAUUUUCUUACCAUACUUCUGUUUUUUCUUCUGUCACCUUCUUACAUAACUUCAUCUCCACACUUAGACAAAUUUCUUCAAUGUCUGAAAGUAAAUUCUGAAAUUAUAAUCCCAUUUUCUAACUCAUUUUACACUCCUGACAACUACACUUCAUUCUCCACAAUUCUCCAAUCUUCUGCUCAGAAUCUCCGUUACUUAACUCCGUCGGUACCAAAACCUGAGUUCAUAUUCACACCUUCGCAUGAAACUCAUGUCCAAGCUUCUGUGAUUUGCUCCAAAGAACUUGGAAUUCACCUCAGAAUCCGUAGCGGCGGCCAUGAUUACGAGGGUCUUUCGUAUGCUACUGAAAUUGAGUCACCUUUCAUCGUCGUCGACCUUUCCAAGCUCCGUUAUAUUUCUGUUAAUAUCGACGAUAAUACAGCUUGGGUUCAGGCUGGUGCUACCGUCGGCGAAGCUUACUAUAGAAUAUCUGAAAAAAGUAAAACUCACGGCUUCCCUGCUGGUUUAUGUACCAGUUUGGGCAUAGGCGGUCACAUUACCGGCGGAGCUUACGGUUCAAUGAUGAGAAAAUACGGUCUUGGUGCUGAUAAUGUUAUUGACGCUCGCAUUAUUGAUGCUAGCGGUCGAGUUCUUGAUCGGCAAGCUAUGGGUGAAGAUUUAUUCUGGGCGAUUAGAGGCGGCGCCGGUGGUAGUUUCGGUAUCAUUCUUGAAUGGAAACUAAAGUUGGUUCCUGUUCCGGCAACCGUUACAGUUUUUACCGUUACUAAAACAUUAGAACAAGACGGUACUAAAAUCUUGCACCGGUGGCAAAAAGUCGCGCCGGAGCUGGACGAGGAUCUUUUCAUCAGAGUGAUCAUAUCCACGGCUAACAUCGGAAACACUACUGAAAAAACCGUCGCAACUUCUUACCAGGGUCAGUUUCUUGGUGAUUCAACAAGAUUACUACAUGUAAUGGAGACAAGCUUUCCUGAGUUAGGGUUAACAAAAAAAGACUGUGUCGAAACCAGUUGGAUCAAAUCGGUGCUAUACAUCGCCGGCUACCCGGUUACAACCCCACCUGAGAUACUACUCCAAGGAAAAUCUUCAUUCAAGAAUUACUUCAAAGCGAAAUCAGAUUUCAUCAAGAACCCGAUACCCGAAACCGGGAUCGAAGGAUUAUGGAAAAGAAUGAUGCAAGAGGAUAGUCCAUUGAUGAUAUGGAAUCCAUAUGGUGGAAUGAUGAGCAAAAUUUCAGAAUCUGAAAUUCCAUUUCCACAUAGAAAGGGUACUUUAUUCAAGAUUCAGUAUUUAACAUCAUGGGCAAAUGAUGAAGAAAAAAGUGAGGAAAAACAUAUGGAUUGGAUUAGGAAACUUUAUAAUUACAUGGCACCUUAUGCAUCAAUGUUUCCAAGAACAGCAUAUGUGAAUUAUAGGGAUCUUGAUUUGGGUAUGAACAAGAAUAGUAAUAGUAGCUUUAUUGAAGCUAGUGGUUGGGGUAAUAAGUAUUUUAAGGAUAAUUAUAAUAGAUUGGUUCAAGUGAAGACUAAAGUUGAUCCUGAUAAUUUCUUUAGGCAUGAACAGAGUAUUCCACCUCUUCCUGUUUCGUUGCGAAAGAAAAGAAGAGGAGGACGAAGGGGAGGGAUUAAAGUUUAGAGACAGUCGUUCGUUCUGAAAGAGGAUGAAUAAUUGUUUUACAGAAAGACUGGUGAAUUGUUAUGUAGGUCUCUAUUAUGUUGCACGUAAAUUUCUUUCGAGUAUUAUGUUCUAUAAUUUUAUUUAUAUUUCUAAAACAACUUCAAAAACUAUAAAAUUCUAAUUUUAUUAAAAAAAAAAAACGUUAUUUAGUUUUUUUUUUAAUUUUAGCAUUUUUGCAAUUUGUAUUUUAUUUCCAUACUGCAUAAGUCUCAAGUGGUAAUGCAAAUUUAGUAUGUACUUUUGUUUUGUUGGAAAAAAAAAUGAAAGAAAAAAUUAAAAAAGAGAGAAAUUGUAUUUUUCUUAAUGAUCCAUUGUGUUGUAUAAAAGGUAAUUAAUGUUAUGGUACUCUCACUUUUAUUGAA